UCUACGUUUCUCGUCAACCAUUUGCACUUGAGGUCUUCAUCUUUGCCUCUUCAAAUCUCUCUCGCCAUUGAUUUCGUCCACUCUGGAAGUUUGGCUAAUGCACUGUUUGCUUUCCUGCAAAAUAGCAGUGGAACCGGAAAAGAAAAAGAAAUAUUCUAGCUGAUUAUCUAUGCGUUCAACAAGCUGAAAACUGAAUAGAGAAGGAUUGUUCUCUUAAGAUACGGAGAUAGAGGAUGAAUUCGACUCUUUUCAAAUUAGGGUUAUUCCUGUCCUUAGUUUUGUUAAAUUUAAUCCCUUCUCAAUCAGCUGUGUCGAGCGUAGAUCUAGGUUCAGAAUGGAUGAAAGUAGCUGUUGUCAAUCUAAAACCGGGGCAAAGCCCAAUUUCGAUUGCGAUCAAUGAGAUGUCGAAGCGAAAAUCCCCAGCUUUGGUUGCAUUUCAAUCUGGAACCCGCCUCCUCGGUGAAGAAGCCGCUGGAAUCACUGCCCGUUACCCUGACAAAGUCUAUUCCCAACUUCGUGAUAUGAUUGGGAAACCCUACAAGCACGUCAAGGCAUUUCUAGAUUCAAUGUAUUUGCCAUUUGAUGUUGUGGAAGAUUCUAGAGGCGCUGUGGGUAUAAAAAUUGAUGAUAAUGUGACUGUUUAUUCGGUCGAGGAGCUGGUGGCCAUGAUUUUGAGUUAUGCAGCGAAUCUGGCGGAGUUUCAUGCGAAGGUGACGGUGAAGGAUGCGGUAAUCAGCGUGCCACCGUAUUUUGGGCAGGCAGAGAGGAGGGGGUUGAUUCAAGCUGCGCAGUUGGCUGGGAUUAACGUGCUUUCUCUAAUAAAUGAGCAUUCAGGUGCAGCUUUGCAGUAUGGGAUUGACAAGGAUUUUUCUAAUGGUUCUAGGUAUGUUAUAUUCUAUGAUAUGGGGUCAAGUAGUACUUACGCUGCGCUGGUGUAUUACUCGGCUUAUAGUGCAAAAGAGUUUGGGAAGGCUGUGUCCGUUAACCAAUUCCAGGUUAAGGAUGUCAGAUGGGACCCAGAACUUGGAGGGCAAAAAAUGGAAGCGCGGUUGUUGGAGUUCUUUGCAAAUGAAUUUAAUAAACAAGUUGGGAAUGGUGUUGAUGUGAGAAGUUCUCCCAAGGCAAUGGCUAAAUUGAAGAAACAGGUUAAACGCACGAAAGAAAUCUUGAGUGCCAACACAAUGGCUCCGAUAUCUGUUGAAUCUCUCUAUGAUGAUAGGGACUUCAGGAGUAGUAUAACACGGGAUAAGUUUGAAGAGCUGUGUGAAGAUUUGUGGGAUCGAUCUCUUACACCUCUCAAAGAAGUGCUUAAUCAUUCAGGGCUGAAGGUGGAUGAAAUAUAUGCAGUGGAGCUUAUAGGAGGGGCUACCAGAGUGCCAAAGUUGCAGGCGAAGAUCCAGGAAUUUCUUGGAAGGAAUGAGCUGGACAAACAUUUGGAUGCUGAUGAGGCUAUAGUCCUUGGUUCAGCACUACAUGCUGCUAAUCUAAGUGAUGGGAUCAAAUUGAAUCGUAAGCUAGGAAUGGUUGACGGCUCUUCCUAUGGAUUUGUGGUUGAGUUGGAUGGGCCUGAUCUUAUGAAAGAUGAGAACACUAGGCAGUUACUCGUGCCAAGGAUGAAAAAGGUCCCCAGUAAGAUGUUCAGAUCCAUUAUUCAUAACAAAGAUUUUGAAGUUUUGCUUGGUUAUGAGACGGAAGGCUUUUUACCGCCUGGCGUUGUCUCUCCCAUUUUUGCUCAGUAUGCUGUGUCUGGUUUGACAGAUUCUAGUGAGAAAUAUUCAGCUCGAAAUUUGUCCUCCCCCAUCAAGGCAAAUCUGCACUUUUCUUUGAGUAGAAGUGGAAUUCUUUCUCUUGAUCGAGCAGAUGCUGUUAUUGAAAUAUCAGAAUGGGUGGAAGUUCCAAAAAAGAAUCUGACUGUAGAAAAUACAACUGCUACCUCUCCCAACAUAUCAGUUGAAUCUGGGGCUAAAAAUGUUAAAGAUGAAAGCACUGAAAACUUGCAUUCUAAUGGUGGGAUUGGCAAUGUUUCAAACUCUAAUAUUGAAGAGCCAAGUGCUGUUGAGCUGGGUACAGAAAAAAAGCUGAAAAAGAGGACAUUUAGGGUUCCACUGAAGAUCGUUGAAAAGACAGCAGGGCCUGGAAUGCCUCUAUCAGAAGAAUCCCUAGCUGAAUCCAGUAGAAAAUUAGAAGCACUGGACAAAAAGGAUGCUGAGCGAAGGAGAACUGCUGAGCUGAAAAAUAACUUGGAAGGAUAUAUAUAUUCUACUAAAGAAAAGCUUGAAACCUCUGAGGAGUUUGAGAAAAUAUCUUCCGACGAAGAACGCAAAUCUUUCAUUGAAAAGCUUGAUGAGGUCCAAGAAUGGCUAUAUACUGAUGGUGAAGAUGCUACUGCUACCGAGUUUCAGGAUCGUCUAGAUUCAUUAAAAGCUAUUGGUGACCCUAUAUUUUUAAGGUAUAAGGAGCUUACUGCAAGGCCAGCAGCGACUGAGGUCGCUCUCAAGUACCUGGGUGAGCUGCGACAGAUUGUACAGAACUGGGAGACAAAAAAACCAUGGCUUCCAAAGAGCAGAAUUGAUGAGGUUCUAAGUGAUGCUGACAAGUUAAAAAGUUGGCUGGAUGAGAAAGAGGCUGAACAGAAGAAGAUGUCAGGAUUUGACAAACCUGCAUUCACAUCAGAAGAAGUAUACCUGAAGGUGUUUAAUCUUCAAGAUGAGGUUGCUGCUGUUAACAAAAUUCCUAAGCCAAAGCCCAAGGUUGAAAAGCCUAAGGAGAAUGAAACUAACACUGAUGAGGAGAAUUCGAACAACUCAAAUUCUACAUCUGAGAAUCCUGCAAAUGACAAACCAACAGCAGAUUCAAGUGACAAAUCAACAGAUAAAGAAAAAGCCAACACAGAAGCUGAGGUUCAUGACGAGUUGUGAUUACAGCUCAAUGAACAUAUAAAGAUUAAUGUGGAUUAACUACUUUUUGAGUUAAAAAUGUGAAGGAAAGACACAGGAGAACCAUUUUUUCUGCAUAUUUAAAUUGCAGAAGAAUAGCAUAGAGCCUCAUAAUUUAUUAUGGAGUCGAUAUGACUUUUCUCCCUCCUGUUAAUUGCCUCACUUGCAUGCCCACAAGACUGAAGAGGCAGUACAUUUGCCUCUCUGGGAGUUUUGAUAAUCUUUUUUAAAUAGGGGAUUUUUGAAUUGGGGAAAAGAUUAUAUACGUUAUCAUUAUCAUCAUCA